CCCUGGUUAUUGCUGAAAUACCGCGUCAAUAGAAAAAACAGUACGUAUUCAAAAUAACUGAUAGGUGUAAGGACUCGAUUAUAAUAUUUGACUUUUGUGGCAAAGAAAACUAUAGGAAUAUUUAUUUAUGAGCCGAACAGCAAGAAGUUUAUAAAGAAUUUAAAACGCAAAGACAAUAUGAAAGCAAUUGCUCGUACGCCACUACGGCCACCGAAGACACCACGUUGCCCAACGCAACAUACUGAACGUAAAUCAGAUCAUGAAGCUAAUAAGCCACGGGAUCCCGUCCAUGUUUACUGCCGUGUUCGACCAUUACAAUCGGAUGCUGAUUUAUCCUGUCUACGCGUAAAAAACUCGACCACUGUUGCUUUGUCUCCACCCGAACAGGCAUUGCAGCACAAACAAGGUGCUCAUCGUGAGAUGCAGUACAUUUUCAAGCAUGUUUUCGAACCACACAUUUCACAAGCCGAUGUUUUCACUGCUGUUGCACAACCACUAGUAGAAAAUCUUAUUCGCGGUCGUAAUAGUCUGCUAUUUACAUACGGCGUAACUGGAAGUGGCAAAACAUACACAAUGACAGGCGAUAAUCAUCACCGAGGAAUAAUGCCUCGUUGUUUGGAUACGUUAUUCAAAACAAUAUCAGAUUACCAAGCUAAAAAGUAUAUUUUCAAACCUGACAAGCUUAAUGGUUUUGAGAUUUCAUCGGAAGCCGACGCACUGCUUGAACGACAGGCGGAGAUGAAUAGACGGUUUGCAGUUGGGGAACGUGGCGCACUAAGGCGAAAGGAUUCUGAUCCUGAAAUCGCUUCGCAAGCAUCGUGUGAUAUACCACCCGUACAAGGGCUUGAAGAAGACAACAUGUUUGCAGUUUUUGUCACAUACAUUGAGAUUUACAAUAAUAGUGUUUUCGACUUGCUUGAGGAUGACGGUCCCCAGAAAACUCUGCAAAGUAAGAUUAUCCGUGCAGAUGCCAAUCAUAACAUGUUCGUGCAUGGAGUAACUGAAAUUGAAAUAAAAUCUGUGGAGGAAGCUAUCGAAGCAUUCCAAUUUGGUCAAAAACGGAAACGUAUGGGUCACACAGUGCUGAAUGCAGAAUCUAGCCGAAGUCACUCUGUGUUUAAUAUACGUUUAGUGCAAGCUCCGACUGAUAGUCAGGGUGAGCAUGUUGUACAAGAUAAACGCACCAUAGUUGUAAGCCAACUUUCACUGGUCGAUUUGGCUGGCAGUGAACGUUCAUCACGCACAAAAAACACUGGAAUCCGUUUGCGUGAAGCCUCAAGUAUUAACAAUUCACUGAUGACACUUCGCACUUGUUUGGAAUAUCUACGGGAAAAUCAACAAGCGCCUCCUAAUAGUGCACCGAAGAAAAUUCCGUAUCGUGAUUCGAAGCUGACACAUAUGUUCAAAAAUUAUUUUGACGGUGAGGGACAAGUGUCCAUGAUAGUUUGUAUCAAUCCCCGUGCGGAAGACUAUGAUGAAAACACGCAAGUAAUGAAAUUCGCUGAAAUGACACAAGAAGUGCAGAUUGCGCGUGCUACACCCAUAAAGCCCGAUCUUGGACUAACGCCCGGACGUCGAAAGGCAAACAAACUUUUCAAAAUUGCCGUGAACAAUCUAAACGACUUAGGGCAAACCGAAGCAAAUAAUUUAGAUGUGGAUAUUGGUUUAGUCUACUCAUUAGGUUCUGGAUUUCCUGAUUAUAAAAUUGACAGCCCCGAAGCGCAAACCGCCAUACAGGAAUUGAUGCAGUAUUUAAUGCAACGCAUAGAGAAACGUAAAAUAUUGUGUGCCGACCUGGAGACUCGUUGUGAUAACUUCCGUUCACAUUUGAUGCAAAUGGAAAGGGAAAACCUGCAGUUACGUACCGAAUUAGCAUCUUUGAAAACAGUUUACAAACAGGAACGCGAUCGCAUGGUAUCAAUGGAAAAUAAAAUACGUGUCCACGAAAGCUCCAUCGACGAACUGAACAAUAAAUUAAGUAAUCGCGAACGCCAAAUCGAUGACCUUACACGGAAGUUAAGAGAUCAACAAAAUUUGCUCACUCAAAAGGAGCAUGAGAAGGAGAAACAGAAAAAGAAAUUUACAUCCAAGUUGGCUGUGGAGGUUGAUAAAAAAGAUCGUGAGCUAGAAGUAAGGUUGCGAGAACAGCGGGACAAAAUGCGCGAGAAGAUGCGCGUUCGGGAUGAGAAGCUACGUCUCGUAUCGAACAUUAUACAAUCGGAAGAUAUUCCUAGUCUCGUACGCCGAAAUAGUAAUGAAAAUAUUUUUGACGAAAAGAUGGCCAUUGUGGAGCCACCGUCGGCAACUCGUGCUGAAUCUACACAAAUAAAUAGUGCACGUACCGACCUCUACGGCACGCCACGUCAUGUUAGGGGAAUGGCUGCAGCAAACAGUAGGCAUCGCCGCUCACGUUCCGCUGGCGAAAAGUGGAUUGAGCAUCGUGCACCCAAUCCUGUGCCACUCGGAACGAUUCUGCAACCAUACCUUAAAAAUCGUAAAUCGGUUACCAAACUCACCGAUGCUAAAGAGCUCACCAAUCACAAGAACACAAAAUAUUGUCUAGUUUCCCAAGAAGCAGACACAGAUGGAGAUGUCGAAACUAAACUCUACAAAGGAAACGUCAUUCCAACCUGCGGCGGUGGAGCCCAAGUUGUAUUCGAUGACGUGGAGUGCUUGAAGCAAAAAUCACCGGUGCCCUCACCGAAUCGCAAACGUCCAAGUAAUGGUGAGGCGACCUUCAGUGGCUUGGGUGGUGUUACUUCUUCGGCAUUGUCAGCAGCAGCAUUCAGUGGCGGCACCUCUGCUGCUCAAGAUUUAAUAUCGCGUUGUAAUGUUGGGAUCGAAGGUCACAACAACAAGCGCACAAAAGUGUAGAGGAAGUUAGAAGAACUACCGUCCUUUUAUAAUGAUAACAACAAUGGGUCAUCACCAUCCAUGUAUUACAUUUAUUUUCUAUAUUUUUUCACAGCUACGAGCAUACUAGAGCGAUCAGUUGGUCAUAGACGUAUAUAUUUUCAAAAGUAUUGCAUAUUUAGUUUCAAUUUAUUGUGGUAUAACUGAUUGAAAUCGUUGCUUACCUUAAUAAUUUAACAGGAACUGGUAUGUUCUUGUAUUUUUUUUUUCUUUUUUGUUAUUAAUUUCGUAUUCAAUCACGGUACUAUACAAUAAUACUAUUUGUAAUCAUAUAUAUACUCAUAAAACCCAUGUAUUUGCAAGCUUUUAAAACUGCAAA